AUGGCCGCAGUAGACCCCGUUAUCGCCCAGCCCUCCGCCGCCUGUUGCCUCGAGGGCUACCCGCACACCGGGUCGCCCAAGGGCGAAUUCAUCCACAUUGCGGAGGUCAACACGUAUGUCACCCGGCCGCCCAGCAAGUCACAGGAGAACCGGGUCAUAUUGUACUUCCCCGACGUAUGGGGCAUCGACGUCUUCCAGAACGGCCAGCUGCUGUGCGACUACUUCGCGGCCAGCGGGUUCUUGGUGCUCGCGAUGGACUACUUCCGCGGGGACCCCGUCACGCGCUAUCUCAAGACACAAGGGAACCCGACGACCGAGCCCGGGUUCGACUUCCAGGCGUGGACGGACAAGCACCAGGCGUUCGCGCAGGUCGCGGUCCCGAAAUGGAUCGCAGAAGUGAAGGAGAAAUAUGGCGGCGCAGACACUAAAUACGCCUGUGUGGGCUACUGCUUUGGCGCCCCCUAUGUCAUGGAUGCGCUCAGCGAGGCCACAGACUGGGUGUCCGUCGGCGCAUUCGGGCAUCCGGCGUUCCUAAACGAAAGUCACUUCACCAAAUGCUCCCGCCCACUCCUCCUAUCGUGCGCGGAGACGGACCACACUUUCCCCGCCGAAUCGCGCCACCGGGCGGAGGCCAUCCUGACCGAGCGCGCCCAGCAGCACCAGGUCCAGAGCCUGCGCUUCCAGAUCCAGCUGUUCUCUGGGGUGAGCCACGGGUUCUGUCUUCGCGGGAAUAUGGAAAACGCAUGGGAACGUUUUACGAAGGAGGAAAGCGCGAACGGAAUUGUCCGUUGGUUCAAGAUGUUCAUGGAUUGA